AUGCCGUACACACACCUCAGACUGAAGACGCUGAUGCUGCUGCGGAUUACAGUGAUGCUUUUUAUUAAAACCAGUCCUGCACAGACAGAUGAUGUCACUCAGUCGAAUCCACUGAUCACUGCUGACGUUGGACAGAAUGUGACUCUGCACUGCGUUCGACUGCAAGAAGAUACCUCCGGAUCCUUCGUUUGGUACCAGCAAAAAGUCGGACACAAACCUCGUGUAAUACUCUCAGUGCAACAUGAAUCGCCCAGCUAUGAAAAUGAGUUCAAGCCACCAAGAUUCAGCAUCCAGAAAGAAAAACAGAGCUGCGAUUUAAGCAUCACUAAUGUGGAACCGUCAGAUGAAGCCAUGUAUUACUGUGGAUAUAGAAAAUUUUUAACAAGGUUUGGAAACGGGACUUUUUUAUCAGUCAAGGGUGAUGAAGAUGUAAAACUCUCCGUGUUCCAGAGCAGUGUGUUGGACUCGGUUCCUGCAGGAGCGUCAGUGACUCUGCAGUGCUCGGUUCUCUCUGAGAGCAGAGCAGCAGAACUCCAAGUGCUCUGGUUCAGAGCUGCUCCACCACAAUCCCAUCCUCAAAUCAUUUACACUCAUCACAACAGCAGCCAUCAGUGUGAGAGCGGCUCUUCUACACACACCUGUGUGUACAACCUCUCCAAGAACAUCCUCAGCCUUAAUGAUACUGGGACUUACUACUGCGCUGUGGCUGCGUGUGGGAAGAUCAUUUUUGGGAACGGAACACGAGUACAACUGAAAUCCAUUGAUCCUGUUGUGAUCUGCCUCUCUGCAGCUUUGGGAGUGUGUGUAGCUGUAAUUUUUGCUCAUUUUAUAACCUGUAAAUGGAGAAAGUUUGAACACUAUAGUGAAAUAUCUCAAAAUUCUAUGGUAAAGACGGCACCAGAUCAGUGUCACGGUGCCAUGGAGCUGAAUUUUGCUGCCUUACACUUACAUAAAAAAGGAAAGAAAGAACGAGCUUAUGAUGUGCAUACUGAAGUGAUUUACUCUCCCUUUUCUUAGAUAACUGAUGUCACUAAUGUUCUUUUUAUUAAUUACUCUAAUGUUCAUACUGUUCAGACUAAUAUCAAAUCAUUACCUGGUAAAUAAAGAAAUAG